AUGGCCCCAGACAACUUCACCUGGGCCAAGGUGGCCCCCGCCGAGUUCAUUCUCCUGGGCAUCACAGAUCGGUGGGACCUGCGUGUCACCCUCUUCUUGAUCUUCCUACCCGUCUACCUGGUGAGCCUGCUGGGCAAUGUGGGCAUGGUACUGCUCAUCUGUGUGGAUGCCCGGCUCCACACUCCCAUGUACUUCUUCCUGGCCAAUCUCUCCAUGCUGGACGCCUGUUAUUCCUCGGCCAUUGGCCCCAAGAUGCUGGUGGAUCUCCUGCUGCCCCGUGCCACCAUCCCUUACAUAGCCUGUGCCCUCCAGAUGUUUGUGUUUGCAGGCCUAGCAGAUGCUGAGUGCUGUUUGCUGGCGGCCAUGGCCUAUGACCGCUACGUGGCCAUUGGAAACCCUCUUCUGUAUACCACGGCCAUGUCACCCCGACUCUGCCUGGCCUUGCUGGGAGCUUCAGGCCUGGGUGGGGCAGUGAGUGCCUUUGUUCACACGACCUUCACCUUCCGCCUGAGCUUCUGUGGCUCUGUGGAGGUCAACAGCUUCUUCUGUGACAUCCCACCCCUGUUAGCCAUCUCAUGCAACGACACCAGCCUUAAUGAGCUGCUCCUCUUUGCCGUGUGUGGCUUCAUCCAGACAGCCACCGUGCUGGCUAUUGUCGUGUCUUAUGCUUUCAUUGCUGGGGCUGUGAUUCGCAUGCGUUCAGCCGAGGGUCGGAGGCGGGCAGCAUCCACUUGUGGUUCUCACCUGACAGCUGUGGCCAUGCUCUAUGGGACACUCAUUUUCAUGUACCUGCGGCCCAGCUCCAGCUAUGCCCUGGACACAGACAAGAUGGCCUCUGUCUUCUACACCCUGGUCAUUCCAGCUCUCAACCCACUCAUCUACAGCCUCCGUAACAAGGAGGUCAAGGAGGCCUUCAAAAGGACCUGGAGCCGAUUCUGCUGUCCAGGGCUGGGGCACCAAUGA